CCGCAGUCUCUGGUCAUCCCCUGUACUAUGUCCGCAGUCUCUGGUCAUCCCCUGUACUAUGUCCGCAGUCUCUGGUCAUCUCCUGUACUAUGUUCGCAGUCUCUGGUCGUCUCCUGUACUAUGUUCGCAGUCUCUGGUCAUCGCCUUUAGUACAUCCACAGUCUCUGGUCAUUUCCUGUACUAUGUUUGCAGUCCAUUGGUUCAGAAUAUUUGUUUUUCUCCUCUAAAACCUAGGUGCAUCUUAUGGAUAGGGAGGAAUUAGAACCACUUUUAGUUUUUUUUUUUUUUUUUUUUUUCAAUAGAUCAAUAAUAUUAA